AUCCUCAGGCACGAGCCGAGUGAAAAUCCCGUCGCGCCAAUUUCGAAUUGUUUUGGUCCGAAUGGAGCUGUUUUACUGACUUUAGUUCUUUAUUUCAUUUGUGUCAUUAUUCUACAAUGAACCCCAAAGGAAAAGGCUCCGGAGACACGACAUUAUCCUCACAAUACAACAGCAGUGAUGGAGACACCAUUAAGGUGUACGUCCGUGUGCGACCUUUGACCCAGGGCACCCGGCUGACCACAGACGGAGACCCGAGUUUGUGUUUGGCCGUGACCUCGGAUCACACGGUGCGUCUGAACUCCAAACCCGAGCCGCGAAACUUCACCUACGAUCAUGUGGCAGACAUGGACACGUCUCAGGAAUCCGUGUUCUCAUCUGUAGCUAAAAACAUAGUGGAGUCGUGCAUGAACGGUUAUAACGGCACCAUCUUCGCAUAUGGACAGACAGGUUCAGGGAAGACCUUCACCAUGCUGGGGCCGAACGAGCUGGCAGAUUUCUCUGAUGAGCUGCGCGGUGUUAUUCCUCGUAGCUUUGAGUAUUUGUUUUUCCUCAUCAACAGAGAGGUGGAGAAGUCUGCAGGAGCAAAGAACUUUUUGUGUAAAUGCUCCUUCAUCGAGAUCUACAACGAGCAGAUCUUUGACCUCCUGGACAGUGCCUCAGCGAGUCUGUUCCUCAGAGAGGACAUUAAGAAAGGAGUGUUUGUAGAAGGAGCAGUGGAGAAAUACGCAGCUUCAGCUGCAGAGGCUUACCAGGUGUUAUCUAUGGGAUGGCGUAAUCGACGCGUGGCUUCCACAUCCAUGAAUCGUGAGUCGUCACGCUCUCAUGCUGUUUUUACGAUGACGCUGGAGUCCAAGGAGACGGCGGAGGGAGUGGUGAACAUCAGAAAAUCUCAACUCAACCUAGUAGAUCUGGCAGGAUCCGAGAGGCAGAGAGACACGCACGCUGAAGGAUCACGCCUGAAGGAGGCGAGCAGCAUUAACCGCUCCCUGAUGUGCCUGGGUCAGGUGAUCAUGGCUCUGGUGGACGUGUCCAACGGGCGCAGCAGACACAUCUGCUACCGUGACUCCAAACUCACCUUCUUGCUCAGGGACUCUCUUGGAGGCAAUGCUAAGACGUACAUCAUUGCUAAUGUCCACCCAGGGUCCAAGUGUUUUGGUGAAACUCUGUCCACCCUGCAGUUUGCCCAGAGGGCCAAGCUCAUCAAAAACAAGGCGAUGAUAAACGAGGACACUGAAGGAAAUGUGAAGCAGCUCCAGGCUGAAGUGAAGAAGCUAAAGGAGCAGUUAGCUCUCACCCUGUCCGCUCGCUGUAACGGCACUGAGCUCGCACCCGGGGGGCCACAGUUACACACCACAGCAGCAUCUGAAGUUGACUCUCUGCAUAAGACUCGCUUCCUGCAGGCUGUACGACUGUGGAGGAGACGUGAAGAUGAGAAGAAGGUCUUGGAAGAGAAGGUGUCUCGUCUGGAAGAGGCCUUGACACAGAAGGAAAAAUUCAUUCAGUCCAACCGCAUGAUCCUGAAAUUCCGAGACGAUCGCAUCGCCAGUCUGAAGAGGGAGCUGGAGACGGGAGAGCGAGUGGAACCGGCACGGCAGGACCAGAUUCUCAUUGAUCAGCUGCUUCAGGAGAUCCGUCUGCUCAGAGAUCAGGUCGAACAUCACCCACGCGUGAAGUGGUAUGUAGCAGAGAACUGCAGCCUGAAGGAGGAAGUGCGCAGCCUGAGAGCUCUGGAGUCAGUAAAGCUCUCUCUGGAGGCUGCUUCCCAAUCUGCAGCUGAGCUGGAGAAGACAUUUCAGGAGGUCUUAAAGUCUGAGGAGGGUGCAGAUGUAGCUGGGGCUCCACCUACGUGCUCCACCCCGAUUACCUUGGAGACGCUGUCCUCUGUUUCCAUGGAGAGGUUAAAGGCUCAGUUUUUACAGAAACAGUCGGAGCUCACAGCCACGGUGCAAGCGUUCGACAAUUACAAACAAAUCAGCAAGAAGCAGCUGCUCGACCUGGAGUCUGAGAAACGCUACCUGGAAAAAUCCAACAAGCACCUGGAAAACAUUCUCGAAGCUACUAAAGCUCACACCAAACAGGAAGUGUCUCAGCUGAAUAAGAUCCAUGCUGAAACGAUUAAGAUUCUGACGACGCCGACUAAAGCGUAUAACCCGAGGAACCGUUUGGUGCCACUGUCCAGCCCCGAGCAUCUAAAUGGCCUCGGGUGCGACUCGGAGCUAGAGGACAUAGAGAGCGAACAACCCCCUGCUGCUAUGAGUGAGCUGGCCUGUGAGGCUCUCACUGAGGAGCUGAAACAAAUGCAGGAGCAGAUGACGCGCAUCAAGAGCCAGCUGGAUGAGGAGGAAGCCAAAAACAGGAAGCUGCUUCAGCAAAUCAGCAAGCUGGAAGAGCAGGUUACUACGGUGACGGAGCAGUACACUCGCAGAGCGGAGGACUUCGGUGCAGAGAAAGGUUCUCUGAUGGAGGAGCAGAAGAAGCUGCAGGAGAGUGUGAGCACUUUGGAACAGCAGCUCAGUGAGGAGAGAGCGGCAGUGGAGGUGCUGCGUAGUGAAGUGCGUGACCUGCGGGUCGUGCUGCAGUCGUCAGAUAAACAGCUGGAGGAGGUGCAGAAGGAGCAGGAGAGAGAGAACACACAGCUGUCUAACAGCUUAAUCAGCACACAGCUGCAGCUGGACAAAGUCAGGUUGGAGUGGGAGGAGCUUCAGGAGCAGCAGCGUGUGCUACAGGACGCGUUCGACACGCUGCAGGCCGAGUUUAAGUUUGAAGCAGAUCAGUAUCAGCAACAGCUGGAGGAGAAAACCAGAGAAUACAACGAGCAGCGCACGCACAUCGCUGAGUUGAUGAACACUCUUCAAACUGAGCGAGAGCUGAUCACCAGUCUGAAGUCACAGCUGAAAGCAGAUAAAGAGAACACCUCCAAAGAGCUGCUGCUGGCUGUGGAGGAGAACUCGCUGCUCAAAAAACACAUCCUGGAGCUCAGUGCUCAAAACCAACAGCAGUCUGAGGAUAUUAAAUCUCUGGAGCAGAGUGUGAGCAGUGCGAACGCAUCAAUCUCCAGCCUGGAGCAGAAAACGGAGCAGGAUAAUGCUGUGAUAUCGGACCUGGUAAAGCAGAUACGUGAUCUGCGCUCUGAGCUCGGACAGAAGGAUCAGAGUCUUUCUCUGAUCAAUGCCGACCUCCAUGAUAUCACUGUAAAGUACGGUGCAGUGUGUUCAGAGAGAGAGGACAUGAACAAACUGGUCUCUAGUAUGCAGGCAGAAGUUCAGGGACUCCGAGAGGCUUCAGACCGACGCUUGGCCUCUGACCGCGUCGAGCUGGAACUGCUGCAGGAGGAUCUGGCAUACGUCACAGAGGAAAUGGAGAAGCUCAACAAUGUUUUAGAGGAGAAAACGUCAGAGCUAGAGUCAGUCAAGCGUCUCUGUGCCGAGAAGGACAUGUCCAUCAGCACACUGCAGGAACAGGUGAAACAACAAGAGGAACAGCUCAGUAUGAGGACUGUAAAUGGUGGUCAUGCCUCUGCUACACCUAAAAUGAACCCACAGAUGCCUCACACUCCACGUAGCUUCAACACCGAUCUGUCUGAACUGUUGGAGAAUCAAGAGAAGGAGCUGGAGAGUCGGCGCUCUUCCAUGAUGACGAUGGAGAUGCUGCUGGCCGAACUCAGCGCUGAGCGCACGGACAAGAACGACGAGAUCCAGAGACUCAGGGCUCAGCUCAGCGAAAAGGAGAAUAUGCGCUUGGAGAUCCAGAAUCUACUGGAGCAGUUCUAUAACACACAGAACCAACAGUCUGCCAACGGUGACAACACCGAGAAUCUAAAGAACGUGAUCCACCAGUCUGUGCUGCGAGAGCUGCACGAGGAGAGGAGUGCGAAGUUUUCUGUCUUUCAGAGUACACUGAUGAUGCAGCUGGCUGAAACGCAGACGAGACUACAGCACCAGGAGGUCACUCUGAUCCAGUCUCAGACAUGCAUCCAGGAGCUGACCACUGAACUGAGGAACCGCUGUUUAGAGGUGCGAGAAUUUCAGGAGAAAGACAACGAGCUCCUGCAGGAAGUGGAGGUGUUAAGGAAGCAGGUGGACCACCUGGCCGAGGAGAACGGAAAACUGCUGGGCCACCAGAACCACAAGCAGAAGAUCGAAUACCUGGUCAGGAUGAAGAAGGAGCUCACCAAACUUCAGGAGGAGAAUGAAAAACUCAGAAGUAAGAGUUCGUCUUGAUCAUCGGUACCGUGUAGGCAGCAACAGAAACACAAAUCUCCAUGCUGAAUAAUCUCAGGACAAAUUUAGAGUUAACCAGUGAAAAGUGCUGCAGCAUAAACAUGUCGACUCCAUUAGGUUCACUGUAAUUAAAUACUAACCUAACAUGUACAUAAUGUCCAUUUUUAACACAUUUAGGGAAAAAAAAAUGUUUGACUGUAAGGCAGCUUCUUUUUCACUCUCUGUUUUGUUUGACUCAAAAAAAAACCAUAUAUAUAACAGCUCACGAUCUUCACUUCAUAUGGUUUUACUGAUGAAGUUUGUGAAAUAUGAACUCAUUUUGUCUCUUUUCUGUUCUGUCUUUUUGAUCUCAAAGUUUUUUUUUCCUUUAAUAAAAAUGAGCCGUGUUUUUAACUUUC